AUGACAUUUUUUACAAAGAAUUUCGCUGACCAGACGACUGCUUUCACAGCUACAUCAACAACAAAAUCUUCAGGUCUUCCUGACUACUUUGUUACUGAUGACCGUCACUUUGCUGGUCCGACGCAAACAGGCGAUGCGCCCUUCCUCGCACAAACGAACAUAGCUCCCUUCGUAGGAGUUUCUUACAUCCCAAACACCCCCUUGGAAACCCAGAUUCCGAUUGCUGGAAAUGUGGACAAUCGCAAUAUCUUCCAGAGUCUCGCAAAUAUCAGCCCUUACUUCCCCAACCCUCGAGGCUUCGGAGUCGACGAGUACAUGAUACCCCCAGGCGCGAACGUAACAUGGCUCAACAUGAUUCAUCGUCAUGGCAGUCGCUAUCCCGAGUUUAGUGGUGGCGCUGCAGAACGCAAGCUGGGACAGAAGAUUAUGGACGCGAAGGGCAAGUUCACAGGCCAUGGUGCGCUGAGUUUUCUCAACUACUGGACAUUUGGACUCGGCGCUGAGAUUCUGGUUCCCAUGGGGAAGCAGGAGCUAUUCAAUUCGGGAACGCUGCAUUACUACCAAUACGGUCAUCUAUACCCGAACAAUGGCAGCAAGAUCGUUGUGCGAAGUACGACACAAAGACGAAUGACAGAGUCUGCAGAGUACUUCCUAGCAGGGUUCUUCGGGCUGGGGUGGACUCAAAAUGCGACGCUGGAGUUGGCUAUCGAGAGUCCAGGGUUUAACAAUACGCUGGCAGGCUACAAGCAGUGCAACCAUUCGAGUUGGGAGACAGCAAGGGAGUCUCUGAUGGAAUGGGUGGAGAUUUAUCUCGCUGACGCGCAUAAGCGUUUCAGAGCAAAUAUCACAGGCGAUUUAGACUGGACUCUAAGCGAUACUUACAACGCUCAAGCUCUUUGCUCAUACGAGACCGUUGGUUUGGGAUUCUCUCACUGGUGCGGUCUGUUUACAUAUGAAGAGUGGGAAGGCUAUGAAUAUGCUCUGGACAUUGGCUUUUCGGCUGGCACUGGAUUCCAAUCUCCUGUCGGCCGCGCUAUUGGCGUUGGAUAUGUCGAGGAAGUGCUCGCUCGCAUGCAACAUCACGUCAUCACCGACCCAACAGCUCAAGUCAACGUUACGCUUGACAACAAUACCGUCACCUUUCCCAUAGACCAGGCGCUGAACCUCGACUUUAGCCACGACGCAAACAUUAUCAGCGUCCUCGUAGCGUUCGGCCUCACGCAGUUCAACGACUUCCUGCCUACGUCACAUAUCUUGAGGGAACGAGAAUUCAUCCUCUCGCACAUCGAACCGUUCGCUGGCCGUCUUGACAUCGAAGUCAUCAAGGCACCUGCGCCUGUAAACCCCAACAGAUCUGGAGAGGAAAUCUAUCUCGAAGGCAAGCCGACCAGCUACGUGCACUUCAUCUUGAACCAAAGGACGAUUCCUCUAGGACGGAGCUUGGCAGAGUGCGGAGACAGAGAUGAUGGCUGGUGCGAGAUGGAAACAUUCCUGAAGGUCCAGCAGAAGCAGAUCGAAUUGGCAGACUACGACUACGCAUGUUUCGGCGACUACGAGAAUCCAAAGUACGGAGACGUCAUGGAUGGGCGACCAGUGAGGUAG